GGCCUUCUUGGCCACUUGGGCACACUGCUGGCUCAUAUUCAGCCGAACACACCUGAAAAGAUAGGCUGUGGCUUUCUGAUAGAAUGAAAUUUCUUCUAGAUCAAGACAAUGGUCUGAACAGGCCAACUGAGAAUGUAUAUAUAAUGACAUUUGCAAAGCCAGUAGGCAAUAACACAAGGAAAUAAAAGGGACAUACAUUCAACCUCAAUGUUUUUUACUUUACAAACAACCCAUACUGAUAAAGCUGACACAGUGCAGAUGCCUGGGACUUCAUGUACUAAAAAAGGCUGUCUUGAACUAGAUGGCCGCUGCUGACGCUUUGAGAGAAGCACUUCUAUGCUGAGUGCUGCGGUAACUUUUUGUGGAGGAGGAAAACUGUAAAGCAAAUCACGUGGAUUUGGCACUAAGGAGAAGUGCUGGAGACGUCAGUAAAACAAGUUUGUUCUGUGGGCAAGCUCGUCGGAGCAUGUAGUUACCGCAGCUCUGACAGACCCAAAGGCAGCCGGAAGGCCGAACGCUCCGUCUGCUCUGAACAGCGGCGUUCUUACGCUACUGCGCGCGGACGAACGCGCUGCCUGAGGCCCCGUAGCAGCAGGGCCAACCCGGCUGUUACGCGCUCUGGGGAGCACGUCGCGGCUCAGCAGCGCCUGUUCGGAGCACGGACGCAGAAUAGCCGUGCGAUGGGCCCCUCCUGGUGUCACAGUGACCGCCGGGGCCGGGUGCGAAGCGGCGCGGCGGGCGGGUGCCACGGCAGGCGGCUUUUCGCCGGCGCCGUCAUGUGCGGCAGCGGAGGCGAGGGCCGGGCGAAGUGCAGGGAAAGGCUCUUCGCCAGCAGUGCGUGGCACAGAACAGCCGCUCGGGGCACGCAGUUUGUACAACACGCUCGGACCGGUUUGGGGCGGUGCCGCGUGGCACCGGGCGCGGAUCGCGCCGGGUCCGUGCAACUCGGGCCGCCCGCGCCCCCGUCCCCGCGACGCCCCAGGGCGGCACUGCCCGCACUACGGGGCACGGCGCGGCCCGCACUACAGCUCCCGGCACCUCCGCCCGCCGCCCGCGUCGCUGUGCGAAAGGUGACGCAGUUCUCACUUCCGCCGCGCGGGGUAGGCCGGGAAUGCGAGUCGCGAUUGGCCGGCGCCCGCCCCGCUUUGCAGCGUGCCGGGCAGCAGGAAGCGAGAACAGCGCGAGCGCGGCGGGGCGGAGGGCUCCUGGCGGCUAGUCCUUCUGCCAUGGAAGCUGAGGAAAAAAUGGAAUGCAUCCAGGAAUUCCCAGAACACUAUAAAGUCAUUUUGGAUAGACUGAAUGAACAACGUGAGCAGGACCAGUUCACAGACAUCACUCUAAUUGUGGAUGGCCACCAUUUCAAAGCUCAUAAGGCUGUUCUUGCUGCCUGUAGCCAGUUCUUCUACAGAUUCUUCCAAGAUUUCACUCAGGAGCCCUUGGUGGAGAUUGAAGGUGUAAGUAACAUGGCAUUUCGUCACCUAAUAGAAUUCACCUAUACAGCAAAACUAAUGGUCCAAGGUGAGGAAGAAGCAAAUGAUGUUUGGAAAGCAGCUGAAUAUCUACAGAUGUUAGAAGCAAUCAAAGCUCUUGAAAUCAGGUAAAUAUGUAAGCCUCUUUCUCUUACAAACACUGAAGCGUAGUCAUAAGAAUCUUCUUACUAGAGCCAUCUGCUAGUAUUUUGAAGUGCUGUUCCUUAUCAGGGAACCUUCUAAUCUUGUGUACAAUAAUUGGGUCAGAAUUAUACAUAGCUUUGCUUAGUCUGCCCAUGUCACUGCAUGGUACCGUGCAUCAGUCUCUCAGAUUUCUGGAUAAUUCUCAGGCUGGUGAUUUCCUCACACAACCUGGCCACCUGCUCAGGA